CGUCCCGGGCGCUCGGCUGAUUGGACACGCGAGCUCCGCCUUCCCGCGCCGUGAUGGCGGCGAGUGACCCGGAAACGGCCCAGAGACAAACAGAAGAAAUUGAAGCCUUAUCUGCUAUAUAUGGUGAUGAAUGGUGUACCAUUGAUGAAGAUGCAAAAAUAUUCUGCAUUCAGAUUAGUGAUUGCCUGGAAAAGCCAAAGUGGAGACUCUGCCUGCAGGUGAUCCUUCCUCCUGAAUACCCUACAACAGCACCACCUAUUUAUCAAAUAAAUGCUCCUUGGCUUUCUGGACAGGAAUAUGCGGAACUUGCAAAUUAUCUGGAAGAACUCUAUGUACAGAAUCUUGGUGAAAGCAUCCUUUAUCUAUGGGUGGAGAAGAUACGUGAAUUUUUGAUAGAAAAAUCGCAGUCUUCUGAUUCAGUAGGACCAGAUGUUAAAAAAAUUACAGAAGAAACUGAUCUGGAGUAUGAAGAGAAUUUUUCACUGGAGUAUCAACCCCUCCAGGAAUGUGCAGCUGUAACUCUGAAUUUUGAUCUGUCAGAAAGCCAGGAAGAUGAAGAGCUGCCUCCAGUUUAUCAUGGAAAUCCAAUUACAGACCGAAGAAGCACUUUCCAGGCACAUUUAGCACCUGUUGUGAGCCCCAAACAGGUGAAAAAUGUUCUUUCUGAGUUGUACAAGAAUAAGAAAAUAGCCAGUGCUACUCACAAUAUAUAUGCAUACAGGAUAUACUGUGAAGACAAGCAGACUUUCUUACAAGAUUGUGAAGAUGAUGGUGAAACAGCUGCAGGUGGACGUCUUCUCCAUCUCAUGCAGAUCCUGGAUGUCCGCAAUGUUCUGGUGGUGGUGUCCCGCUGGUAUGGUGGUAUCCUGCUAGGACCAGAUCGUUUUAAACACAUCAACAAUUGUGCCAGAAAUAUACUUGUGGAACAGAACUACACCAAUUCCCCUGAAAAUUUAUCUAAGCAGCUGGGGAAGAACAAAAGAAUAAGGAAGGACAAGAAGAAAAUGUAACAUUAAUUCAGUUUGCAAAAUCACAAUAGCCAUUUUAUCUUUCCCCUGUAUGUAAGCAGUUAAAACACCAGUCACUCAGAUAGUGAAAGGAACUUUUGUAAUCCUAA